AUGUGCAAUUUCUUCCCAUCUAGAGCGAAAUGCUUGUCUCACACCAGACAGAGCACAACGGAGGAGCUUGCUUUAAAACUGUUCAAUAUAUCCACGGUUGAUGAUCGUUUGAGUUUGAAGCUAUUCCUGCAGGCUGAUAACCGUUUGACCCUGAAGCCGUUUCUGCAACCCAAUGACCGUUUAAAUCUAAAGCUAUUGCUGCUGGCUGAUGACCGUUUGACCCUGAAGUUAUUGCUGUUAGCUGAUAACCCUUUUGACCCUGAAGCUAUUCUUUCGGGCUGA